AUGUUCUCUCUGCAAUCGCUCUGGCAGCAGUGCAUAGACGCUGUAGAAUUGCUCAGGAGAUCCAGCGAAGCAGAGACGGGUGUCUUGAACGAGAUAAAGCUAGAGACUGAGUUAGAGAGGAGAUUAAGACUGCUCCAUGAGCGCGAGAGGAGGGUUGAGUCGGGUGUAAAGGACAUGGACGGCUUCAAAAGGAUGCAGAGAUGCAGGGAUGCGCUAUCGACGCUGGAUAGGAAGGGUUGGCCAAGGUCAUUCCAUCAGAAGGAGUUCCAUGACGACUUUCUAAGAGCUUGUGCAAGAUUGUUUUGGAAGACGGAGCCCAAGGGACAAUUCAACAGGGACCAUCAAAAGAUAUUGGAGCUCAAUGGAUGGGAUCAUCUUGCACAGGAGAUCCUUGUAAGCACGCCGAGAAGGUUUGGAAAAACAAUAUCUGUCAGCAUGUUUGCGGCUGCUAUCAUAUUCUCGGCCCCGUCCAUUGAAGUAUCCAUUUAUUCCACGUGUAAGCGCAUCUCACAGAAGCUGUUGAACAAUAUCCGGAAGUUCCUCCACCUAAUCUACGAAGGGAUGGACGCAGAACCCUUCAAGGUGAUCCGCUCCAACAUGGAGGAGAUCGUUCUCAAAGGAGACAAUGGAAGCCAGGACGUCAGACUCGUCAAUUCUUAUCCAUCCAAGGUAAUGCAGUGUGGUAGUUUAGGUUUUAUUUACACACUAACAAAAUGCUAA